UUCAGCCACUCCGAGGCGCGUCCCAACUGCGAACCUUUUGACAAUGCUCAUUUGCAAUCUACCACCUCUGCGUGGGGACUGUUUUUCCUAACUUAAUAACCCAUAGCACUGACUGUGAUCGCCCUUUGUCGGUCGUAAAAGAGCCUACAGAGGACCACUUGUCUUUUCUUUCUCUUCGCCUCAGUUGGGAGUCGGUCGGGUCGCGUGAUUGCGUGUGAAUCGUUAGCUGGCCAGCCUUCGCGUCUAAGUCAUUAGCGCGCGUCUAUCGUACCCCCUCUCGUGUGCGUCCGUUUUCGAGGCCUCAGCGUCUAUACGAACAAGUGCGGCUAAGAUCGUUCCCACGCUCGUUCAAUUUUCCGUCUCACCGGCUAAGCUAGCGUCAUCGUAGGCGUGCUCCAACCGUGCGAGCGACAAUCUUGUCACGCAAUUACCUCAAGAGGCGGCGUUCCCUCAAUUAUAACAGUGGCGACAGAGUUGACGAACCAUGACUGACGAAUACGCAGAUUUAAAACUGAUGCUGCAGCAACAGCUUAAAUUGAUGUCCGUGCUAACCGAAAAGCUUUCCAGUUCUUCCCUUCAUGCAGGUCCGAGCGCCAAUUCUCAGUCAGUGGACCAGGUGGUUAGCGGCAUCAGCGAAUUUCUGUACGACGCCAAGGCCGGGGUAACGUUCGAAUCCUGGUACAAGCGGUACGAGGACCUGUUCACCGUUGACUUGGCUCGCCAGGACGACGCGUGGAAGGUCCGCCUGCUUCUGCGCAAACUUGGUACCCUCGAACACCAGCGUUACACCAAUUUCAUCUUGCCGAGGAACCCACGGGACGUUACCUUUGACGACACGGUCCGAACGUUGUCACAGAUUUUUGGCGAGCAGUCCUCUCUGUUCAAUGCUCGUUACCAAUGUCUGCAGCUGGUCAAACGUGAUGCCGACGACUUCAUCACGUACGCGGGCAUGGUCAACCGUGAAUGCCAACGUUUUCAACUUGGCUCGCUCACCGAGGACCAAUUCAAAUGCCUGAUCUUCGUCUCUGGCCUCCAAUCUCCACACGAUGCCGAUAUCCGGACGCGCCUCCUGUCCAAGCUACAACAGGAUGGAUCAGUCACACUCCAGAACCUGGCCGAGGAGUGUCAAACGCUGCUCAACCUGAAGCACGAUUCUGCCAUGAUCCAGAACGCCGCCGCACCUGGUAUGGUCCAGGCAGUCACAGCACCGAGGGCGCAAUCGUCCGCGCGCCCCACCCAAUCCGACCGAGCGAAGUCCCCACCCUACGCGUGCCGAUUCUGUGGUGCCUGGCAUUUCCACCGCGACUGCAAGUUCCGCCAGCAUCGUUGUCAACGUUGUGGCAGGGUGGGGCACCGGGAUGGUUACUGCCAUCCUCCAUCUCCCAAGGGGGCCAAAACUGGGCUGGCCCCCACCCGCGAUCCAAAGAAGAGGUCCCGACCCAGACGCACACCCAAACCUGGUCCGGUUGGCAGCUCCCUGAGCCUGCUGGCCACGUUCCAAAUCAACGCUGCGGAUCGGAGAAAGUUCGUCGACGUCUUGAUCAAUGGUCAGUCGGUCCGAUUGCAGUUGGACACUGCGUCGGACAUCACAAUCAUCUCCGAGGAUCUCUGGCGAUCCCUUGGCAAGCCACCUUUCGAACCGACCUCCCAAUCUGCCACCAGCGCCUGUGGUGGUCGCGUGCAGCUAACUGGGCAGCUGCACUGCUCCGUCUCCUUCCGGGGCGCCACGUUCAACGCGAUCUGCUACAUCACAAAGGCGAAGCUCAACCUGCUUGGUCUCGACUGGCUCGAAACCCUUGGCUUGGCCGAUCUUCCUCUUCGGGCCAUCUGCAAUGCGGUACAUUCUCCGAAAGUACCAAACGACCGAACCGCCGACAUCAUCAGACAGUUCGCCCCGGUAUUCCAGGAUGGUCUUGGCCGCUGUACACGCACCCGCGCCGCGUUACAGCUUGUACCUGGUGCUCAACCGGUAUUCCGUCCCAAAAGGCCUGUCCCAUACGCAGCCUUACCCUUGGUCGAUGCCGAACUCCAACGUUUGGAAGACAUGGGCGUCCUGGUGCCUGUGUCCUAUUCCGCCUGGGCAGCGCCGAUCGUCGUGGUCAAGAAGCCGAAUGGAUCCCUCCGCAUCUGUGCCGAUUUCUCCACUGGUCUCAACGCAGCACUAGAGCCAAAUUGCUACCCGCUACCGAUCCCAGCCGAUCUCUUCACGAUACUCAACGGUGGCACCUGUUUCGCUAAAAUCGACUUGGCAGACGCCUACCUGCAGAUCGAGGUCGCCCCUGAGUCACAAGCCCUCCUGACGAUCAAUACGCAUCGUGGUCUUCUCCAGUACACCAGACUCCCAUUUGGUGUCAAGACGGCUCCAGCUAUUUUCCAACAGACAAUGGACGCUAUGAUCUCUGGUAUUCCGGGUACGGCCGCGUACCUGGACGAUCUACUCAUUGUUGGUCGCACCCCAGAAGAGCUACGAGAGCGCCUGGCUGCAGUCCUUCAACGGGUCCAGGAGUACGGGUUCCGCCUGAAACCUGAGAAAUGCCAGUUCUUCCUUCCGUCGAUCAAAUACCUUGGUUUCAUUUUCGAUGCCCAUGGCCGUCAUCCUGAUCCUGAGAACGUCAGAGCCAUCCAGCAGAUGCCUGCUCCAGCGGAUGUGUCACAACUGCGGUCCUUCCUGGGUCUUAUCAGCUACUACAGCGCCUUCCUGCCAUCGCUACACGAUGUUCGAGCCCCGCUCAAUCGGUUGUUGCAGAAGGACGUUCCUUGGCACUGGUCCCCCGCAUGCGAAAAAGUUUUCGUUCGCCUGAAAGCCAUGCUGAGUUCUGAUCUACUGUUGACCCAUUACGAUCCAGCCUUACCGAUUUUGGUCGCUGCUGAUGCUUCUGCCUACGGGAUCGGAGCAGUUCUCUCCCAUCGAUUCCCAGAUGGCUCCGAGAAAGCUGUUAUGCACGUCUCUCGCACCCUGACGCCUGCGGAGAAGAACUAUGGUCAGAUAGAGAAGGAAGCCCUUGCCAUUGUCUUUGCCGUCACCAAGUUCCACAAGAUGCUGUAUGGCCGACGGUUCACGCUACUGACCGAUCACAAGCCCCUACUUUCAAUCUUCGGUUCAAAGAAGGGCAUUCCGGCAUACUCGGCUAGUCGACUUCAGCGUUGGGCGGUCAUCCUUCUUGGUUACGACUUCGAAAUCCGCUACUGCCGUACCCAGGAUUUUGGUCAAGCCGACGGUCUCUCCCGCCUCAUUUCCAAACAUGCCGCAGUAGAAGACACAGUGAUUGCCGCUGUAACUGUCGAGGACGACGUUCGUUAUCAACUAUCGAACGCUAUCCGAAGUCUCCCUAUCACUGCCGCCGACAUACGUCGUGCAACUGCUCAAGACCCUGUCUUGCAGAAAGCCGUCACUUACGUUCAGACGUGCUGGCCAAACACUACCUUGUCUGGUGAACUCAAACAACUGCAUCAACGCCGCGACUCCCUUUCCGUGGUCGAUUCCUGUCUCAUGACUGCAGAUCGAGUUGUCGUUCCUUCAUGUCUCCGGCAAGCUGUACUCCGCCAGCUCCAUUCUGCUCACCCCGGUAUGAACAGAAUGAAGGCAGUUGCCCGCAGUUAUGUGUAUUGGCCUGGCAUUGACAACGACAUUCAAGAUUUGGUCCGCCGCUGCUCACGAUGUCAACAAGCAUCCAAGAUGCCACCACACCAAUCACCAGUUCCUUGGCAGCCGCCAGCAAAACCGUGGUCUCGAGUGCACAUCGAUUACGCUGGUCCCAUCGAUGGCAUUUCCUACCUGGUCAUGGUCGACGCCUAUUCCAAAUGGCCGGAAGUGGUCGCCGUCAACCCACCAACCGCAUCCGCCACUCUGGCUUGUCUCCAACGAAUCUUCAGUCAACAUGGCCUUCCCGAGGUCUUGGUGUCCGACAAUGGUACCCAGUUUACGUCUUCCGUCUUCGAAGACUUUUGCCGCCGACACUGCAUCGAACACCUCCGCUCACCGCCGUACCAUCCCCAAUCCAACGGUCAAGCGGAGCGAUUUGUCGACACAUUCAAGAGGGCGCUUUUGAAAUCUCGCGGGGAGGGGACCGUGGAUGAGUGUCUUCAAGCCUUCCUGCUCUCGUACCGGUCCACACCGAAUCCAGCUACGCCAGGAUGCCAGUCACCAGCUGAAGCAUUGAUGGGCCGCAAGCUACGCACCACAAACGAUGCGCUCAUUCCGACUGAGAAGCCACCUACUCACUCUGGUGCCUGCAGCAAGCACAAAGAAUUCGCCGUCGGAGCCCCAGUCUACGCUCGCGAUUACCGAGCAGGUCAUCCUCGCUGGAUCAAAGCAACAGUGACGGCCAGGCGAGGUGACAUGCUGCAUGAUGUCUCCGUAGGUGAUGACACCUGGGUUCGCCAUCGCAAUCAACUUCGUCCGCGCCACGAAGAAACCUCCAUGCCAGCCAGCUAUCCCGUGCGCCUGCCGCUGCACAUCCUGCUGGAUACUUUCGGAUUGGCCACACAACGACAGAGCACGGUCGAAGCCGCUCAGUCGCCGCCGCAUCUCGAGAACCCACCUUGCCGACGAACAGAAAGAAUCCGGAGGUCACCGAAAUCCCUCCAGGUCAAUCCUCGCCAGAAGCGGUACGCUCUCUCUUCAAAGGGAGGUGUUGCGGGCCCGUCAAAAAUCCCCGCAAAAAACGCGCCAGUAACUCCGGCAUAAUGGCUGUGGGAAGCGGAGUCCAAUUUCUCCCCACAACGCAGCAGUGUUCAGCCACUCCGAGGCGCGUCCCAACUGCGAACCUUUUGACAAUGCUCAUUUGCAAUCUACCACCUCUGCGUGGGGACUGUUUUUCCUAACUUAAUAACCCAUAGCACUGACUGUGAUCGCCCUUUGUCGGUCGUAAAAGAGCCUACAGAGGACCACUUGUCUUUUCUUUCUCUUCGCCUCAGUU